UUCCCUUGUACUCGACUGUUGCCGUGCCGUUUUGGAUGUGUCUGUAGGUGCUCCAUCACAGUGUUUUUCCCACCAGCAUGCGGCUCUCCAUCGGUAUUGGAGCGACCCUGUGCGCGUUGACUGCUUUUGCUUCGAGUGACCGCAACAUUAUACCGCGCCAGGACAACAGCGACAACACCGACUACAAACUUGGAUCUACUCCGCUCAAAACGAAUUGGACGGAUACUGUCGGAACUAACCCUUGGCCUGAGUACCCGCGCCCACGUCUCCAGCGCCCAGAUUGGAAGAACCUUAAUGGUGUCUGGCGAUAUCAAAACACUACCAAUGGCUCUGACGCGUCACCGCCAUUUGGCCAGAGACUCGGAAACCGAGUCCUAGUUCCCUUCUGCCUGGAGAGUGCUUUGUCGGGCGUGACUGGCAAGGGACGCAUCUGGAGCUGGUACCAAACAUCAUUUGGAGUUCCAUCAUCUUGGCCAAGCGACAACAAUGUCAUCCUCAACUUUGGUGCUGUUGAUUACGAAGCCACUAUUUUCGUCAACGGCCACAAGGCUGGAUUCCACAGAGGCGGCUACUUUGAGUUCAGCGUCGAUGUGACGCCGUACUUGAGCUCCAAUGGAACGAAUGAGCUGCUGGUAUAUGCAUAUGACCCCACCGAUCUGGAUCGCAUACAGAUACCUAUCGGAAAGCAAACCUUGACCCGCGGUGGAAUGAUUUGGUACACGCCCUGCAGUGGCAUCUGGCAGACCGUAUGGCUCGAGUCUACGCCGAAAGAGUACAUUUCCAAACUCGACCUAACGGCGGAUAUGGAUGGCAAAGUCGUCGUCACGGUGCAUAGCAGUACAAACUCAAGCAAUGCCUAUGAUAUCACCAUCCACGAACUGAAUUCUUCUGAUGCCAAAGCCAAAGCCACAGGCACCAGUGGCAGCCAAUUCACCUUUACCGUUGACUCGCCGGAGCUGUGGACACCGGAUAGCCCGACCCUGUACAACAUCACCAUCAAGAUGGGCAGUGACACAAUCGAGAGCUAUACCGGAUUCCGAACCAUUUCCAGAGGCGUUAUCGACGGCGUCCAGCGCCCCCUUCUCAACGGAAAGUUUGUCUUCCCAUUUGGCACGCUGGACCAAGGCUACUGGCCCGACGGCAUCUACACGCCUCCCAGCGUCGAAGCCAUGGUGUACGAUCUCAAGGUGCUCAAGAACGUUGGUUACAACAUGGUUCGCAAGCACAUCAAGGUCGAGCCUGCACUCUUCUACCGCGCCUGCGAUGAAAUGGGCAUGCUCGUGAUUCAAGACAUGCCUUCUCUCCGCCCAGACCUGCCCGCCCCCCAAGGCUGCGGCAGCAUCCGCCUCGAGCCUGGUGCGCAAGCCGAAUUCGACCGCCAGCUCGCCCUCAUGGUCGAACAGCUAAAAUCACAUCCCAGCAUCAUCGCCUGGACAAUCUACAACGAAGAAUGGGGCCAAUCCACAUCCCCUCCCUGGCCGGAAUUCGCACUCACCGACCUCGUCCGCAAAAUCGAUCCCACGCGCCUCGUCAAUGCCGUAAGUGGCUGGACCGACCACACGGCCGGCGACUUUGACGACAAUCACCACUACUCGACGCCACAAUGCGGCACGCCCUUCUGGUCCAACCAAGGCAGCGGCUACGACUCAGCCUACGACCCCUCGCGCAUUGGCCUGCAAGGCGAAUUCGGCGGCAUCGGCACCCAGCUACCCGAAAACAACUUCGAGCACGCAUGGUUCAAGGAUCUGGGUCGCCAGACAGCCUAUGAACUCACAAACGGCACCGUCUACUGGAACUACCGCUGCCACGACUUGCUGACCCAGCUCCGCGAGCAAAUCGACUUGUUCGCCUGCUCCGGCGGCGUGUGGACACAAACGACUGAUGUCGAGGGCGAGGUCAACGGCAUGAUGACGUAUGAUCGCAAGGUCGUGCGCAUGAACGAGACCAUGUGGAGGGAGGAUAUCCGCGCGCUGUAUGAGGCUGCUGAGAAGAGGGGCGCUAAUGCUUCUGCUGCUAUGGUGAUUAGGGAUGUGGGUGUCGGGGCGCUGCAGCAUGGUAUUUUCUAGUCUAUUCACAGAGAAUUGAAAC